AAUUUAAGUGCGGCAUGAACUCGUCGCUUUCUUUCAGUUGUCCGGUGAGGAGUGGGCUGAUCGCUGUGUAAAGCGGAAGCUGCUCUGUCUCUGGUCGCUCCCUCUCCCGCUCUCUCCGUCGGAGAUCACAUCCCGAUCGAGCGGUCGAUCGGAGAGAGAGAGACGGUGGGUGAGUGAGUGAGAGAGAGCUUGCAAUGGCAAGUGGAGAUGUGGCCUCGAGGAUAGACUACGUGUUCAAGGUGGUGCUGAUCGGGGACUCGGCGGUGGGGAAGUCGCAGAUACUGUCCCGGUUCGCUCGGAACGAGUUCAGCCUGGACUCCAAGGCGACGAUCGGAGUCGAGUUCCAGACAAGGACGUUGGUGAUCGAGCACAAGAGCGUCAAGGCUCAGAUCUGGGACACUGCCGGACAAGAACGAUACAGAGCUGUUACCAGCGCAUACUACAGGGGAGCGGUAGGGGCGAUGCUCGUGUACGACAUAACCCGGCGCCAGAGCUUCGAGCACAUCCCGAGGUGGCUCGAGGAGCUGCGGAGCCAUGCAGACAAGAACAUCGUGAUCAUGCUUGUGGGCAACAAGACCGACCUCGAGAAGCAGCGGGCAGUCUCCACCGAGGACGCCAAGGAGUUUGCCGAGAAGGAAGGGCUCUUCUUCCUCGAGACCUCCGCCCUCAACGCAUCCAAUGUCGAGUCCGCCUUCCUCACCGUGCUCACCGAGAUAUUCAACGUCGUGAACAGGAAGAGCCUCAUCGCGGGAGAGAGCCAAGAGAACGGGAAUCCCGGAUCUCUGACCGGGAAGAAGAUUAUCGUUCCGGGGCCAGCUCAGGAAAUUCCUGCCAAGACCAAGUUGCCCUGCUGCUCCUAGAUCAUGAUCAUCUCUGAGAUUUGAUUAUAUUUACAGGUGAUUUAGUGAUGAAUUUUUUUUUAAAAAUAAUUUUACCUAUCAAUCAAUUCUUUUGCGAGCGUGUGAUGAGAAGCAUAGUUGUCUGGUUUUGUUUCUUGUUCUUCAAUUUUUUGUCAACGUGAGGGUGUAUUAUUUGUAAAUUCAGAUUCACAUCCCCCAUAAUUGGGAUCCGAUGAUUUGUAUCGAUUUUGUACCAUUAUUGGAUGGAUCAGGACCACUCCGACCAAAUUCCCCCCUUCAAAA